AAUGCACCUCCCCCAGUGCUCAGUGGAAUUAGUAGCAGGUGGGUUGGGAUCAUGUGUUACACCCAGCUAUGGGAGCCUAGCAGAGAUCUACCUGCUGAGAUUUCUAUAAUACUGGAUCCAAGCACAAUGAGUGAGGAUGGUGCUCAGACAGCUGAAAAAAUGGACACCCAUACCCAGUAUUAUUUGGAAAGUCUAAUCAUUGAUGCCUUGAAAGGCAAAGGGUUUCAGAAAAUCAUAGAAUUAUUUGACGGCAAAGUCAUUUUCUCAUCCCAGUUCCAUAACAAGUUACUUUUAAGUCAACUGGAUAAACUUAUAAAUAAGGAACUGGAUCGAAAUGAAUUUAAACAUGUCUCCGUAUUAAUGAAAUGCAUUCAGCACUUCUGCAAAAAUGACUGCCAAGAAAGUUCAACAUUGAUUCACCAGGGCCUGGUUUCAAAGAUGGUCCUGUGGUUUGAAAGAACUGUUGAUUUUCUGAGAAUUUCUAAAGAAGCAACAUUGCUGACUCUAGUCGAAGAUUUCUAUGAUUCUGCCUUAGUGAUUUGUAAAUGUAACUGUGAGGAUGGUAAAAGGCAGCUGCUGGAUAGUUUUUUAAUCAGACUUGGGCAUCUUGUCACUGAGAAAUGGGUUGCUUGCCAUCUCCGUUUGGAGGCUCUGAGGACUAUAAACUGCAUUUUAGAUUCCAUCUCACGGGAAGACAAGAAGAAACUGCACUGCUCUGAAGACUUGUGUGAGCUCACGAAAGAUUUAGCAAGAACAAUUCAAGAAGCUGGAGACUAUGAUAUCCAGGUAGCCAUUUCAGAAGCACUGUGCCGGAUGAUGGGAAAGAAGUUUAGGGACAGCUUUGUUCAUCAAUGGUUUGAGGAUAAUUUUCUUGCUGACGCCUUUAAAGAAAUUAAGGAUAAAGAAUUUGAAACGGACUGCAGAAAGUUUUUGAAUUGCUUGAAUUCUAGGCAUCAAAGCAACAAGGGGGUUUACACAUUUCCUUGCAUCACUGUUUUCACUGAUCUGGAUGAGCUGAAAAAACCACAGGACGAAAACAUGGAAAACUUCUGGAUCGAUUUUAAUGCUGGAAGUCAAUGUGUGUCUUUCUACAUCCAUAACACGGAGGGUUCUCUUUGGGAUUCCGUCAGGCUGCUUAAGGAGUCUGUUAACAAUUACAUCCUGAAAGAAAAUGAUGGACAACAAAUGUUGGGCAUAUAUCUAAAAGAUCCUCAGGUUAUUAAUACCAAUGAUGUAACAAAAGUAAAGAUCUACUUUGAGCCCAAGCAUGACAUCAAGAGCGCCAUCAAGAGAGUGUUUGAAGAUAUAAAUGAGAUCCACAGUAACCCUGUGGAAUUAGACUCAACAGAAGGUUUAAUUGAUAUUGGCAACAGCCUGGCUUCUCAUACUGUAAUAACAACAGCCACAACCUUUAAGCAGUGGAAGAGGAAUCAAGCAAACAAAAUGGAUUCUGCAUCUGACAUCCUUGGUUCUCAGACCAGUGAGCAUUCCUCAACAACUAAAACCAGCUCUGCAAACCAGUCAGUCCAGAAGAGCUUGAGCAGUGCUGAUUCACAUGAAAUUGUUAUAGAAUCUGUUCCACUUGAGGCAGUUAUAACUAUCGCUGAUGAGCAACCAAAUACAGCACAAUUCCAAGAUGACAUGGAUGACGCAAUCUUUCAAGGGGCUGCUUCUGAUGUUCCUGCAAAGGUACAACAGGAUUCAAGUCAAGAAAUAAUAAUAAUAACAGAAGCCAGUGCUGACAAGGAGUUUGCAGCAAAGAAAACCCAGGGUAUUUUUCAAUUUCAAGGUUAUUCUGACACACUUGCAUCUGACCAGGUGUCAGACGCUAAAAAGAAAAUUUUGCUACCGAAACAAUCAACAGAGAGAGCUACACCAGCAUCCAGAUAUAGAGCUUCCGUGAACAGUCCUCUUCAGAGAACGUCUUCUGCAUACAGAAGCCAUCUUUUCUGUGAAAGUAAUGAAGUUACUAGCAACACAGAGAGCGAGAGGAGUUGGAUCCAAGAUUUUAAAAACAAAUCCGCAGUGAAAUCUGCAGACUACAGCUGUGCAAAGACUAGAAACAAAAGUAAACGCAAAGUGUUGCCCUUAGCUUCAGAAUCUGGUGAUGAUGAAAAACAGGUGGAUACUACAGAAACAGUCUCCAGGUUUAUGUCUCGUAAAGAAAUGCGCAGACCAGAGGACGGCAAUCCAAAAAGUCCUCAUUCAGCUGAACUAAAACUCCCUGGGAUUUCAGCUCUCCUAACUCCAGGAGAUUCUCGUUCCCAAAGUAAAAGUGACUAUAGGUAUCAGUCUGCAAUUGAUGAUCAAGAUAUCAUGGACCCAGUAGAAGAAGCUUCCUCUCCAGAAAUGUCAAUAGACCAUAAUAAGGAACCUAAAAAUGGCCAUGAUGAAGUUUAUGCUAGUGGACCUUUAAAUAGAUCAGUUGAUGGCAACAACAUAUAUCAUGCAGCUGAUACAUUACAACAUGCAACUGGGAAACGAAAACAUAAAACCUGUGAGAGGGAGGAAAUUCCUUUUAAACCACGAAAACUUUUUAGCUCAACUGAGAAGAAUGUAAAUAGAUCAGCUGCUGAUUCUGAAGAUUCAGAAGAUGUGUUUUAUUCUGAAUCGCAUGAUCAAGAUCUUGCAGAAGCCAGUGUUCUCUCUGCAUUCGACAGCUUUACCAAAGAGCUAAAAAGGAAAUUUUUGACAAGGUAUAAAAGGAUUGAAAACAGGGCGAACCAUGUGCUGAAAUCUUCUCACCAGCAAGUUUCAACUGUGCUAAAUGAAAUACAUCAGUGCAGAUUACAAAAAAUCAAUCACUUUAAUAAGAUAGUUGUGCAUGAACUCUCUAGCCUUGAGGCUGAAGUACAAGCACUGAAACAAUUUGAGAAAGAGACACUGGAUUUCUGGGAGGAUCAGUAUGUAAAAAUGAACACAUUUUGCAGCAGUCAGACGCAAAGGAUUAAAACCAUGGAUUCUGCCAUUUUGGAGACAAUAAGCAACUUGAAAAAUGUAAUUCAGAAAACCACAAAGGAAGAAGUUUCUAAUACUGAAGAACAUAUUCAAAACAAGUUGUUAAAAUGAAACCAGCCACUAUGCAUGCUUUAUGCAAUUUCCAGUCCAGCUUGUCUUGUUUAGAGUUUCUUCUUUAUUUUUGAUUUGUAAAUAUUCUAACUGGUUGGAAUGAAUUUCUGUUAAGAGUGGGCAACAAUUAAAAAAAAAAAAAAAAAAAAAAAA